AUGUCAUUAAUAUCCAACGAAAUAAAGCUUAAUCGGGUGUUUAUAACUGGCGGUAGUGGCUUCAUUGGUUCGCAUUUGAUUGAUUAUUUAAUAAAGCAGAAUGUAGCAGAAAUUAUAUGUUUAGCCCGUUCAGAAAAAGCAGCUGAUACAGUUAGAAAAGCAGGUGCAACUGAUAUUUGUUAUGGAGAUGUAAAUGCUUCAUUGGAUAUAUUAAAACCUGCUAUGUCAAAAUGUGAUGCAGUAUUUCAUUUAGCUGCAAAUGUACAAACUUGGAGUCGAAAUUAUGAUGACUUUCAACGUGCUACUGUUGAUGGUACACGUACUAUACUUCAAGCAGCAUCAGAAGUAGGUGUUAAACGUUUUAUACAUUGUUCAACAGAGGCAGUUUUAUCUCCAAAUGGUCCAUUAAUUAAUGCAGAUGAAACAUGGCCUGUACCAACUAAUAUACCAAAACAAUAUUGUUAUUCACGUUCAAAAGCUGAUGCUGAAAAUCUUGUUCGAAAUUAUCCUGAUUCAAUUAUGUCAUGUAUGAUUAUUCGUCCACGUUUUGUUUGGGGACGUGGUGAUCCAAUAUUAUUACCAUUAUUUUUAUCUAAAAUGCAACAACAUAAAUGGAUGUGGAUAGAUGGUGGUCAAAUGUUAACAUCAACAUGUCAUGUACGAAAUGUAUGUGAAGGAAUGUAUUUAGCAGCUAUACGUGGUCAAUCAAAAGAAAUAUAUUUUUUAAAAGAUGAACGAAAUAGUACAAUUCGAGCAUUUAUUAAUCAAUUAGUAGAAACACAAUCUGUACAAUCAAAUGGAAUGUCUAUACCAUUUUGGUUAGCAUUUAUUAUAGGAUGGUUAUUAGAAUUCAUAUGGAAACUUGGAGAUUUUCAUAUUUCACCACCAUUAACGCGUCAAAGGUGUAUAUUAUUCGGAAGAGAAAUGACAGUUAAUGAUAUGAAAGCAAGAAGAGAAUUAGGUUAUCAAUCACAUGUCACCAUUCAACAAGGAAUGAAUGAAUUAAUAGAUGAUUAUAAAAAUGGUUAUAUCUAUAAUAAAAUAAGAUAUUAA